AUUUUAUCAAUUAAAAAAUAUUAGUACUAUUUAUUUGGUUUGUCUUGGUAUGAUUGUUGAAAAAGAUUACAAAUAUUCAUAAUAAUGAUUCUGUUAACUUAUAAUAUAGAUUGACCAUUUAAACUAAUUUUUCUCAUUCCUGCAUGUUAAAAAUUCAAUUUUGGUAUACAAACACAGUACAAGAGUAACAAAACACAGAAGAAAAUUAGCAAAGAAAUGUUUGAAAGACAAGAUAACCUGCUAAAAAAGCUUAUAAAAUGAUAGUGUUUGCCUUUUAAUGAACUUAUUAGAUCCCUUAAUUACUUGCGGAAUAUUUCUUCUUUUUUUCUACUUUUGAAAUCAUAAUCCCCAGAACAAAAACUAGGUAAAAGAAAUAAUUAAAUCCGUCCUUUUUUAUACUUCGUAUUUUUUAAAAACAGAAGAAGAGCAGGCAUAAAGAUAAAAGGAAACGUACUUUCUUGUAAGAAGAUGAUUCUAACAAAGAAUAAAGGUUAUCUUAAUGCAGCAAAGAAUAUUCUAUCUUUACUUGCCCAACACCAUUCUUCACCUUAUAGAGUCUUAUUACCUAGGAACAUCUUCCAAGUUUUCCCAAGUAACCCACCUUUGAUUAUAAAGUUCCCUGACGUCCCCUGCAUUUCACAACACAUAAUGCUCCUACGUAUCUCCUCAAAAUCACGUAUCUGAACGAUAUCAAUCCAUUAAUGGAAGAACUGCUCAGUCAAGUGAGGUACCUCUACAAUCACUCCCAAUAAUACAGUAUUCGUAUUCCUCAGGGGUCAAAAUUCAGUGGGAGAGAAGAACUUGGAAACACCAGGUACCAAAGAACAUCAUCGUUUAGAGAGAGUAAACCUCAAAAGUGGCUCAGGAGACAGUUCUCACGCCAAAUGAGUAACAAAGAGCCAGCUGAGGACGCAGAGUAUGCUGCAGCAGUUGCAGCAGCUGCAUUUGCCAUUACUUCGCUUGAUUCAGAGAGCCCGGAUCAAAAAGCACCAGAAGCAGGACCACAAUUCUCUCUUCCAAGAAUCAUAAGCGGGAUUGUGGACAGAAUUUCGGCAGCAGCACAGCCUGAUGAAGCAUUAAACAGAAACAAUGAUGAUCAUCAAGCCAGAAUACCAGAGAAAACUAUCCAUCCAGUACCAUCAAUAAAAAGGAUUCCAACUAUGCCAAAGAAAAGACUAACCUUUGCUGAUGAGCUGCAAGAAGAUAGCGGGAUGCCCUACAAUUACAUCGAAAAGUCUCCAACUUUUGAUGAAGAGUCAGAAGAUGCCAAAAAAUUGAAACCAACCAUUCCCUUCACCAGAAGGAGUCCAUCUGUGAAAAGGACUCCAACUUUUGGCGAAGAACAGACACAGAAUGCUAAACCCACUAAACAAGAAAGUUCAGCACCAAGACUCUAUCCAUCAUCCAAUAUCCCCCCUCCACCCGCAGUUCCACCACUUUACAUAGAGCCUAUAGAUCCACCAAAACGGGCACACAGAGCCAGGCGUGGGAGCUUUGACACAGAUGCAGACGCUUGGGAGACAGAAGAAAUGGCUAAAAUUAAAGAAAGAUAUGAGAAACUGAAUGCAACAAUUCUGGAAUGGGAAGAUAAGAAGAAGAAGAAAGCCAGACGCAAAUUGGAAUCAACAGAGGUUCGCUUUAAAUCUAAGCAAGACUCCAGUUGCUAUAAAUAUAGGAAAGCUUUUCUAACGAAGGUCUGCUUGCAAGAAUCGCAGAGCAAUAAGGAAAAAAGGAGGGCUAAAGCAUUGCAAAAUUAUCAAAUUGAGAUGGAACGCAUAAGACAGAUAGCUGAUGGAGCAAGAGCACAGGCAAAGGAAAAACGGAGGAAAAAAGAGCUCAAGGUGAAGGAGAAGGCUAACAAAUACCGAGCAACAGGAGAACCUCCUCUGCCUCCAAUGUGCCUUUGUUUGUAAAGGCAACGAAGCAAUAUGGCAUCUAUCAUCAAGUUACAACAGUACACAGAGGAACACAUAAAGCCUUUGGACAAAAAUAGAGCAGUUAAUUCUUGUUACAUUUUCAUCAAAGGUGUUUGCAAAAGGACAAUCAGUAUGUAUCAUAUUUAGGUGUAAAUAGAUUACAAACAUACAUUUCAAACAAGUCAUAUGUAUAAUACAAUUUGAACAAAGCGUAAGGUGUGGAAAUAUAUUGAUAUAACAAAUCAGUAACUUAAACAGAUGGAACCCUGUGUUUUUGUUACAAGCAAAAUGUUUGCGCAAGGGUGUUUUUGUAACAGUCUACCAUUUCAUACCUAUUAGGGAUGAGAUUGAGUAAAUUUGCUUGCGGACAAGAGGCCCAAGAAAAUUAUUUUCCUAUCAAAUGCAAAAGACCACCAUUCCUUUCGUUUAAGCAAAACACAAUAAAGCCAUGAAAACACAAUUGAUAAGAUCUCCAAGCUAAUGAAGCCAAUGCAGCCUUUUAUUAUUUAUUUUUUUGGGGUGUGAAAAACUACAGCUUGCUAAUGCUACAACUAAUUUAAUUAAUUAAUUUAAUACUUAAUCUUUGUACCAGAAGAAAAUACUCAGUAAAUAAACCAGGAAUCUAAAGAUAUGAAAUCUUGUUUUACAAGGAAAAUAGGGAUAUGAAAAGAAAUUAUCCAUGAACAACAAGAUAUUAUGAGGCAUUAAUCACAUCAAUUCAAAAGUUUAUUUAUUCAAGAAAAAGGAAAAAAAUAGGGAAAAGGAAAAUAACUCUGAUGCAUAGUAUAGCAUCAAAAAACAAGAAGCCCUAAAUUGCGUUCUAUGCUCAGGUAUAUAUCAAUAGCAACAUAAUCUAAAAUAAAGGAGAUAUACAUCCAAAAGCCUUUAGUUGCAGCCAAAAUAUUGACAAUUUGAUAUUCUAGACUCUAGAGUGAUGCACAUCUGAGAAUUUUGAUACAAAAAAUGUCUUUUGUGUUUGUGGCAUAUAUUUUCUGAUUCAUUUUAUUGAACACUCCCAUAUACACCCAGAAUAAUUUUUGAAAUUGAGAACUAUGCAUAUCAGUAGCCCAAUUGCAUGCACGGUGAAUGAU